AUGGCUUUUACCGACGAUGCCGUGAAAGCGAAACUGUCAGCUCUCAAUGAGACGCAGGAGAGCAUUGUUACUGUUGCCCAGUGGGUCAUGUUCCACAGACGCCAUGCUGAACGGACUGGUCAAAUCUGGCUCAGCAAGAUUCGUGAUUCCCCGCCCCCGAAGCGAUUGAACCUGAUCUACCUGGCCAAUGAGGUUGCUCAGCAAUCCAAAGCGCGCGGCAAAGACGAUUUCCUUAUCGCAUUUUCUCCGAUAAUCGUGGAGGCUACGUCAGCGGCUUACAAGGGCGCGUCGCAUGACUACCAGCAGCGAAUUCGCAGAGUCGUUGAAGUUUGGAGACAGCGCAAUGUCUUCGAGGGGCCGAUACUGGAUGCAGUGGAAUCCCGUAUCGACGAAAUCGACAAGACUCGCUCCACCACGAAGAAACAGACACUGGGUGGCUCAUUCUUCAAAGAUGCUUCCUCGGGAUCUACCCCAUCUGAACUGCAGCCUCUUGUCCCAUUGCAAGUUGCUCUUAGCAAAGCCGCCGUCGGCUCCAACUCCUCCACUGCAACCGCUACUUCGGAGUUCAACAAGCUGCACGAUCCCAAUGCUCCACAGCCGACUCUGCCUGUCCACGCGGCUCGCCUCAGCCAGCUCCUGAAAUCGCUUGCCAAUGCAGAGAACUCGGUCUCCGAGGUCAUCAAAUCACGACGUGCCCUGAUUGACGGACUUGAAAAGAUACUCCAGACCAACCGCGCAGAGCUCUCGAAAGAAGAGGCUAUCGCUGCAGACCUUGCACAAAAGAAAGAGUCGACUGAUACCAAGAAACGCGAGGUCGAAGAUGCGAUUCUGAGUGGCAUGUCCAACGAAGACACCUCUACCGGUCCUGAGAACCCUGCGCACAACUCUGAAUCUGCCCGUCCUGAGGUCGAGGCCCUCACUCCUCCCCCAGUCGAGGCUAUCACGCCGGUUGGCUCUCCUCAGCCCGAAAAGCAAGGCAUUCGCCGGGGUCCGUUUACCGAUGAUGCCGAUGAUGACGCGUCGGAAUGGACCGUUUUGGAUUCAACAUCUGGGGGAGAUGGUGCUGGCGACAGCUCAUUCCCAAAGCCUCAAGGCCAGGAAAAUGGAAAUGAUUUUGACAUCACCAAUGGGCCAAAGAGACGCAAGAUCUCUCACGGCGAAGAAGAUUAUGCGGCCUUCGCAGGUGGCGAUCUGGACCCUGAUUUGGCUGCUUUGCUUACCCAGCCUAAGCAGUAA